AUCUGGACCGGGUUGUUCAAAACAUUGGUUAAAAUUAACCACUGGAUAACUUAUCCACUGGUUAAAUCCUUAUCCAGCGGCCAGCUAUCCAGUGGAUAAAAUUUCAUUGUUCGACAGUUGGAUAGUGCCCUGGCUACCUAACCAGUGGAUAACGUAUUUAUCCGCUGGUUAAGUACCACAAUGCAACAGGGCUGGAUAAGUCCGUCUGCUUUACAAAAACAAAAUGGCCGACAUUAAACCCGACUGUAUAUUAAAAAUAAAGAGAGAACGGUCUGAAAAUUUUGAUUCUGCCACACUAGCAUUUUUGUGUGACGAAGUGGAAAAAAAUAUUGACAUAAUUAAUUCUAAACAAACCAAUUUCAUUACUAACAAAAGAAAGCAACAAGUUUGGCAAAAAAUCACAGAUGCGGUAAAUGCGAGGGGUGGGGCGCCUCGCAGUGUUAGCCAGUUGAAAGAGAAGUACAGAAAGUCAGUAUCGGCUGCAAAGAUUGCUUCAAACAUAAGAAAGAAAGAACUAUUUAAGACCGGGGGUGGAUCAGCCCCGCCGCCUUUGUCUGACAUAUCGCAAAAGUUGUGUGAAAUAAAUGACGAUACCCCGUCGUUUUCCGGGAUCGCCAACUCAAUUGAGUUUGGGACAAAUUCCAAUUCUGGUAAGUUAGGCCUAACUUUGUUCACUAAAAUAUUCCUUAAAAUAUCUUUUAUUUUAUUUAUUUUGUUAUGCAAAAUCACGAAUUGUGUCAAGCACAUGGAUCUGUUUAUUUACACUGAAAUGUCUACGUCACAGGAAUAUUGUUGCUCCAAUCAAGAUUAAUUUCUGAUGUAAUACUUAGCGCAAGCGCGUAAAUUAUUGAU